AUGACCACCGACGGCGGUAAGACGUGGGCGCUCAACGUCAUCCCGACCGAGGCCGAGGCCGGGUUCGACGUGCGCAUCCCGCCGACGGUGCCGCUCGACGAGUUCGAAGCCAGGAUGAAGGAGUGGACCAAGGAGGAGGGCGUGCAUUACGAGUUCGUAGUGAAGACCCCGCAGCACAGCGUCACGUCUGUCGACCCCGCUGAGAAUGAGUGGUGGCGGGUCUUCUCGGAGACCACCCAGAAGCUUGGCCUGGGCAUCGAAACCGAGAUCUUCCCUGCAGGUGGGCAUCCCGGCGUUUGGCUUCUCGCCCAUCAACCGGACCCCCAUCCUGCUGCACGAUCACAACGAAUUCCUCUCCGCCAAGGUGUUUGUCGACGGCGUGCAGAUCUACACGUCCCUCAUCGCCGCUCUCGCUGGCCACUGACUUAUAGGCGAGCAAGCAGUCAUCAUCAGGUUGGUUGGAAGCUCUUCACAGUGAUGAAAAAAAUGUAUGCAUUACGUGGGGGGAGCGCCAGGUAA